CCGAAACCGUGUUCGAUAUUUUAAUCAUUUUCAAACUUCCGGUUUGUAAUUUCAACAGGGUAUGUGGAAAUUUUGCUGAAUUGUUUUGCAAGCAGACACUUGACAUGCACAAUUUUCUUAAGGCUGGUAUACUAUAAAAGUUAACUAGUCAUGAAGGAUACAAGGAUUUGUUAAGAGUUUAUUCUGAAAUACAUUUAGUUAAACAAUAUAGAAAAUAUCACUGACUGACAAUGAAUGCCAAAUAUAGUCGUUUACCGAGUUCUGAUCCCUUGGAGGAAGUAAAACUUGAUUUUGGAUCUGCAUUUACCUACAGUAAUAAUCAAAUGUCUGACAAUUAUGGUCUGUCAUCUACGGGAGAAUAUAAGUCAGCAUUUACCUAUAAAGAUUGGACACCACAAAAUAAAACUGAUAUUAGAUAUGUAAAAGUAAAACCAAGUUGUUUCUCACAGACCUGUCAUUGGAUAUUAACUGGCCUGGCAAUAGUCCUUGUCAUAUUAACCUGUCCUGUGUCGUUAUGGUUUUGUAUCAAGAAAGUAUCACAUUAUGAAAGGAUUGUUAUUUUUAGACUUGGCAGGAUGCGUCCUGUAAAACAGCAAGGUAUAGUGUUUAUUUUACCGUGUGUAGACAAAAUAGAAAGAGUAGAUUUACGCAUCAGAGCCUUCAAUGUUCCACCUCAGCAUCUAAUAACACAUGACCGAGGACUGAUAGAAGUUGGUGCAGAUAUUUAUUACAAGAUAACAUCAGUGGAGAGAUACAUCACUGGUAUACAAGACAUGAAUCAUUCACUCAGGAUACUUGUUCAAUCCUCAUUGAAAAAUAAUUUUGUUCAGAAAACACUGCAUGACAUAGAAACUGAUAAAUUAGGUAUCACUGGUGAAAUUUUGGAAGGAAGCAACAUAACUUGUAAAAACUGGGGAGUUGUGAUUCAUGAGGUCAGAAUAUCACCCAUAAAAGUAUUAAAGAGGCCAGAAAGUAAUUCAGGAAUGCCAGCUGGUCUUCCUCAAACUUUCCAACAGCUAGCCUCAGCAUUUCUUCAGGCUUCAGCAAGUGGAGAUGCAACAAAUGGACCAUUACCCAUAAUUCCAGAGGCUGUGACAAUACUUCCUGACAGUGGGGCAGCUGGAGUUGAUGAUGCCUUGCUCCACAAUAUCCCCACCCCCAGGGAAUUUAUAGGACUCAUCAAAACAGUGCUAUCAGAAUCUAUGGUCAGAAGUAUCGGCUCUGUUUAUAUGUUCCAGCUCAGUGGACAGGAGGGUGGUGUCUUUUAUUUAGAUUUGAAAAAUGGUGAAGGAGAUGCUGGUGAAGGCCUCCCACCUAAUGGGGAACCAGACACUACACUAACAUUAACAGUACCAGAUAUGCAAAGCAUGUUUAUUGGACAACUAAAACCAUUACAGGCAUACAUGAGUGGCCGUCUCAAAGUGGCAGGAGAUCUGUCUGCUGCUACACAGUUAGGGGAUGUUAUCAAAACUGUAAUGAAAAAAGUCAAAGAAGAUAGAAAAGAUGUUUACAUAGUUUAAGGAGGAGGGGAUAUUGUUUAUUCUGUGAUACCAUGACAAUCAAAGAUAGAUGAAAGUCAGACAAUUGGUUCAUUAUAUAGUGACAGCAAACCAUUUGUGUGAAGAUUAAGUGUGUUCCUUUGUUAGAUAUUCUUUAUAUUACUGUUUUAUCAUCUACAUCAUAGUUGAAAUGUUAUUAAUUUUUAUGUACAGUUUGGGGUAAAAAUAUGUAUGAUCAGCUUUAUGAAAACAUAUAUUUGACUUACAUCUUAGAUAAGACAUCUUGUGGGAAAAUGUCUUAUUGAAAAUUGAAAAUUUUAUGAUAUCAGGAUAAGGUAGUUUUGGCAUUUAUUGAAAGUUUUUCCGUAAUGCAGUCAAUUUGAAGGUUUGAAGUAAAGACAAAUUCAAAUAAAUGUUAACAAUAUUACUAAUACAUGUAUCUGCCAGACUGCUUACUGUUUGGUCAAAGCUGAGGUUUAUAUAUUUUAUAUGAGUGUAUUUACAAUACUUAAUGUUUUGGGGAUUUUUUCUACAUCUUUUGGGCUGAUAUAUGUUAUGUUUAUAUGAUAUAAUUUGUAAUUAUAGAUAAUUGUUUACAGUGUUUGUUUAUCACUAGGUGCACCAAUGUUUGAGCUUGUUCUUAAAGUCUUAGAGUCUCUAGUGUUUCUCCUCAUUGGAUGAUAAUAAAGACUGAUGCAUCACACUAGUCAUUAUGUAAAAAGCUAAUUUUUAUUUUUAAAAGAUGUUUGCUGGUUUCAUUUCAGUUUUUAUAUUUUUUUUUUUAAACUGCUUUAAAAGGUUUUUUAAGAAACCAUUGUCUUUUUCAAUAUAUUUGAUGCAUCAAAUACAAUACUGAAGAAAUAUUUCAUCCAUUCAUCCGUCUGUUCGGCUUCAGGUUAAAGUUUUUGGUCAAGGUAGUGUUUGACGAGUUUUAAGUCCAAUCAACUUACAACUUAGUACACAUAUUCUUUCCAAGUUUGUAAGAUUUGCAAACUAUUCUGUUAAUUAAUCAUUGUUAAAUAGAUUUCCUUGUGUCAGAACAAACAUAAUUUUUUUGUUUUUGGUUUUGAAAUAUGUAAAGACUAAUUAAUUCAAACUUUAAGCACACAUAUCAUCUGAUGCUAAGAUUUUAUUUUAACCUAAAUAAAUAAUGUUGAAAUGUCAAAAAUGAAAUAUGAAUUUUAUUGAACAAUUAAUAUCAUUUCCAUAAUGUAGUUCUGAAUUUUUUUGUGUAAUUCUAUUUUAUUAUUGUUGAAUCAGUGGUUUUGUUUAACUGAGCCAUAACCGAAUAAAAAUUAAAAAAAAUACCAGAACUCUUUUCACAAAAAUCAGAUGAUUGAAAUGGAUCAUAAGUUACUGAAAUGUGUGUAUAACUUGCAAGUAUUUUUAUUCUUAAGAUUUUUUUUGUGAAAAGGACAGCUGAAUUGUCAUCAUACAGGUCUUUUUAUUGUGAUUGAUUGUCUUAGUUUUCAAACACUUCUAGACUGAUUAACAAGUCUUCUGUUGUUGGCAAAUCAAUUUUAUUGAUCUUGUAUGAUGUUAGUAGUCUUUUAUUAAGUUAUUUAAUGUUUUUUUAUUUUUUUUAUAAAUAAAACUUAUUAUUUAUUGUA